UGAGAGCCUGUUUUACCGCAUCGAGCCGUAGAGGACAGACAGACACAGACAGACAAACGGCAGAGAAGCAGCUGAACCGUUUAAGGAUUUCAAAGGCAUUCUAAAAGAUCUUAAAUGAAUUCUAAAGGAUUUUAAAGGAAUUCUGAAGGACUGUAGAGAGUCUGUGUUCCAGGCUGAAAGCAAGCAGAAAAGAAGGAAGAUUCUGAGUGCAUGUUUUUAGACAGAUCUUCAUCUCCAUUAUCUUCUCCUUCUCCCCACCGUCACUUCACUGUCCUCAGCUCAUCCUCUCUCUCCUUCUUUGUCCAUCUCUUUUCUUCUCUCUUUAGUUUCUCUGUAUUGGUCUCUCGCCUCUUUUCCGUCAGCACUAUGGACACUGGGAGUCCACGCAAAAUUCAGUUCACCGUCCCUCUGCUGGACUCUCACCUGGACCCUGAAGCUGCUGAACAGAUCAGGAGAAGACGGCCAACUCCUGCCACUCUGGUAGCCUCCAGUGACCAGUCCUCUCCAGAAAUUGAUGAAGAUCGCCUUUCUAACCAUUUAUACAAGCAAGCUUUACUCAAUUCACCACGACAGAGACGGAAAGGAGCGAAAGGAACUCCCACCAUGAAAGAGUUGCAGUUUCUGGUGGAACACCACCUGCACCGACAGCAGCAGGGCACAGCUGAUGAGUCAUCUGAAAGCUGUUUAUCAGAGCGAACGAGUCCAGAUGCUGAGCCUGGCGGAGAGGAGCUACCAGAGGAUGAAGGCAGCUGGAGCACCACGGAGAAAGAGACAGCUGAUGCUCUCGAGAAGCUGCGCUGCCAAAUGGAGGAGCUUUCGAGGGAGAGUUUAUCAGAGGCUGCAGGAGGAACACAGACUCCUCUCAGCAGGGAAGAGGCUGGGGCCGCCGUCGCCACGGCAACAUCUAAACAGCAAACACAAUCAGCAGCAGCAGCCUGUCAGUCCUCAUCCACUGGGAGUCCAGCAGCAUCUGAUCCGUCCCAGAAGAUCCGCAGUGAGAGAAAGUGAACACAGUGAUGAAGCGUUCACGGUUCUGCCAGCUCACAGAACGAGACUGUAGACAAUCUGAAGACUGUCAUUCACUAAUCAGACUUUAGACAGUUCAGAUCACUCCUUCAUAAACACUCACUGUUUCUAUAAUCACAUUUGAUUUUCAUAACAACAUCCAGAAAUCGUAGUUCAAAUGACACCAGCGUGAUCUGACACAUUUCACAAUCUCCAGUCUGCAGGACGAGUCUGUGAGGUCAUGAUCUUUUUGUUUGUUUGACUAGUUUAGAUGUUACACUUACUGGACACUUUGUUAAAUCCCCCUGCUUGUUUCUGCACUCACUGUUCAUUUCAUCAGCUCUGUGGACCCUAUAGUUUCACUUUGUAGCUUUACAGUUACAAACUGUAGUCCAUCUAUUUCUCUGCAUACUUUUGUUACACAAGUUCUUCAGUAGUUAGGACCCCCAGAGUGCAGAUACUAUUUGGGUGGUGGAUCAUUCUCAGCACUGCAGUGAUGCUGACAUAGUGGUGUGUUAGUGUGUGUUGUAGCAGCAGCGCUGCUGGAGUUAUAAACACUGUGUCCACUCCCUGUCCACUCUAAUAGACACUCUGACUUGUUGGUCCACCUUGUAAAUUAAAGUCAGAGACAAUAGCUCAUCUGCUGCUGCGUAGUUUGUGUUGGUCAUCCUCUAGUCCUUCAUCAUUGGUCACAGUAUGCAGCACACUGGGCAUUGUUGUCUGGGUGUUUUUAGUUCUCAGUCCAGCAGUGACACAGGUAUUUAAAAACUCCAGCAGCACUGAUCAGUCACCAUGUCAGUGUCGUUGCAAUGCCAAGAAUGACCCACCACCCAAAUAAUACCUGCUCCAUGGGGUUUCCUGAUCUUUAAAGAACAGGGUAAAAAAUGAUUCAGAGAAACAGAUGGACUACAGUCUGUAACUGUAGAACUACAAAGUGCACCUAUAUGGUCAGUGUAUAUGGCUGGAGCUGAUAAAAUGGACCUUGAGUGUAUGUGUGAGACAGGUGGGCCUGAUGAAGUGAUCGGUUGUGUAUAUACAUGCGUUUUUGUGUUUGUAGGCUGUUUGUUUAUUUCAUCUCUCUUUAGAUUGGCUUCAUUUUGCUACAAAAGCUUUUCAAACUAUCCCCUCUGUUAAAGUCUUAUAGCUAGAACCAUCACACAUUCCUGCCUUCUGUUCUAUAGAAACUCUCUUCAGUUUUAAAUCUGUCAGUGUAUCAGAGUGUAUUAAAGUCAUUUAGGGUUCUGCUUUUUAUGUAAAGUGCUUCAUCAGUUUUAUGGCUCUGUUUUUUUGCAGAACCUCCUUCAUCUCAAAUAUCACAGUUAUGGGUACAGACCCCUUUGACUCCCCCCUUUCACAGCCCCUCACUCACACACACACACACACACACACACACACACAGGUGGGCUUCAUCUCUCCCUCUCUGGGUUUGCCCAUUGAAGAUAAUCAGCUCAUUAGAUCUGCAUAGUUACGUGUGCAGAUUUGAACUCUUGAGCAUCUUCAGUCAGAAACUACUGACUCACUGAACUCGUCCUGCUCUGGCGAUCCUCCUCAGUCCUGAAUUUCACACAGACUGAGUUUAUAAAAUACAGUCUGAUCAGUUUAGCAGUUUAUUAACCAAUGUUGCAUUUAUUGUUCACAUUUUUGUUUUUUCCCAUAAAUAAUUCUUUCAUUGUUCAAUUUCUUCUUGUUUUAAUUUUUGAUCUUAAUUUUCUGUUAAAGACUUUGUUUAUGGUUUGCAACUGAAAUGAAAGGUGCUACACAAAUAAACAUCUUCUUCUUCCUCUUUUUCUUUUCCUUUAGUUACAGUAUUUCUGAUUUUACUGUAAUGGGUAUAAAGUGUGUAAAUAAGAGACACAGUGAUGAUGGACAGCUCAGUGUGUGGAGUGAGAUUUAAGGCAGACAGGUUUUAUGGUUGUAAACAUUUAGAGUGGAAAUGAUCAAUAAAUCAGUCUGACUGUGAAGGAUUUGAUGGACAGAUAUUGUGGAGCUCAGACUCAACUCAGCUUUUCUGAUAAAAUACUCACUCCUGUUUUUAUAGUUCUAGUUCUGUUUUUUUUGUU